GCAAUCAAACAACAUCUACUUAAGCAAAAGUUAAAUAAUUCAGCCGAAUAAUGAAAUCUUACGCUAUCAUCGUAUUCGUCUCGAGCCUCAUUGCUGCUUGUAGCUGUGCCCCGCAGUUUGGAUUUGGAGCAUCAGGUGCGGGAGCCAACGUCGCAUCCCAAGGAAUGGGAAUGGGAGGCGGAUUCCCCGGAAUGGGUGGUGGCAUGAGUUCCUCAAACGCCAACGCUGGUGCUCAGGGAGUCGGAAUGGGCGGUGGAUUCCCCGGAAUGGGUGGCGGCAUGGGAGCUUCGUCCGCAAACGCUGGAGCUGGUUCGCAAGGAUUCGGAAUGGGUGGCGGAUUCCCUGGCAUGGGCGGAGGCAUGAGUGCAUCGAAUGCAAAUGCUGGAGCACAAGGUGUGGGCAUGGGAUUCGGUGGAUUUGGUGGAUAAACCUUUCCGAUCGUUAGAGUGGAGCAGUUUUUUAAGAAAGUGAAAUUCUAGUCAGAUCUUUAAUACUAUUUAAUAAAGAAAACAGCAGGCGAAAUAACAUGUUUUAGUAUUCG